CAAAAAAAAAAAAAAAGAAAAGAAUUUUAAUACAAAACUUUCACCAUAAGCUUAAGUCUCUUUUCACAUAUAGUAAGAGUAUAUAUAUUUUAUUAUAUAUACAUAUGUGCCCUUGUGUUUACUUUAAAUUUAUUUUUGUAAAAGUUCAUAUAACAAAAAUCAAAUUCACUAAAUUAAAUUAUGUUGCCUUGCCUCUUGUUAAGUAUUUUCCUACUUCCACACUUUUGCCUUGCUCAAUCACCCGUCGCGUCGCCUUGUGAGCAGCAUUUCACCUAUCUACACGAGGGCAAUGACUACUUUGGUCAGAUUAAAUUGGAACGUUUGGAAAGAGGACGCACUGAGAUUAAAGUGACAUUCUCACAGCGCGAUUCACUGACAUCGAACUACUACGGCACCAUUACCCCCUACCCGGAUGGACAACUACAAGUGAACCGUAUGCCGGUGCUGUUUCGUGUACACUUUCCGAACCCCAGUAGACCACCGAAAUUAACAAAGCUCAGCAUUAAUAGCAAUGUGCUUUGCACCGGACCAGCUUAUUCAGCGCCGAGCAGCUGGUUUGAGCUCACUUACACGGUGAAUGCUCACAGCGCUGGUGGCCGACCACAAGCGCCAGCAUCCGCCCCCGCUACAGCACCUACAGCACCAACAACACAAGAACAUACACAUACUACACGCUACACCACGCGUCCGACAAAGGCCAGCACCUAUUUUACCUCAGCGCCAGCAGUCGGCCUGCCAACGGAAACGGCAGCCAUACCACCACCGCAAAAGUUUUCAAACAUCUUUCUCACACAGCGUUUCCAACAGAACACCACCAUCACCUGCGGUACUGAGGGCAGUGUUCUUCGUCCAUUUCUACAUGGUGGCAAAGAGUUGAUACGCGGACAAUUUCCUUGGAUGGCUGCGGUCUAUCGCAAAGAGACGGUUCAUAGUCUGUCAUACAUUUGUGGUGGUACUUUGUUGUCGGCGAAAAGUGUCGUCUCAGCCGCUCAUUGUUUCAACAAUUUGCCUGCCAUGAAGGUAGCUCUCUUCCUCGGACGCACAAAUUUGGAGAGUUUCAGUGAGGAUGGUUUCAUCACGCGUGAUGUUGAACGUUUGGUUAUACAUCCGGACUAUAAUAAUCUACCAGAUGCGGAUAUAGCUGUGUUGCACAUGGCGGCUAUUGGCAGCUUUACCGAUUACAUUCGUCCCAUUUGCCUAUGGACCGAAUCAACGCACAUCUCACGAAUAGUUGGCCUGAAGGGCUCUGUAGCCGGUUGGGGUUCGAAUGAGAAUGGUCAACUCGUCUCACCGAUCGCCAAGAGAGCAGAUGUGGAAAUCGUCAGCGAAGUGGAUUGUAUACGCUCCUCGGCGGUUUUCUCUAAGCUCGUGACAAGUCGAGCAUUCUGCGCUGGAAAUCGUGAUGGUGUUGGGCCCUGUAUGGGCGAUUCGGGUAGCGGUUUAGUGUUGCAACGCAACAAUCGUUGGAUGCUGCGCGGCAUAGUGUCAUUUGGCCAAACAAAUCGGGGUCAAUGUAAUUUACAUGAAUAUGUCGUAUAUGUAGAUGUGGCACAACACUUAAAUUGGCUCGAGGAUAAUAUGUAAACGAGGCGCAAAUAUGAAAUAAAAUAAUUACAGGAUGAUAUUUUUAGACAA